UUGGAUGAGCGUAUACAUGGGACUUCAGAAAGGAAAAGAUAAAUCAUAAAAUGUCCGAUAUAAAAUUUGUUAUUGCAUUAUUGUGCAAAGAUCUCCGUCAAGCCGUUGACGCAACGCUUAAACCUGAGCAUUUCAGAUUAUCGAAGUUCAACGAAGAUACAGACAAUACUGUUAUCGAACUAUGGAAAAUUUUGUACCAAUUGAGUUCUUGCGCUGCUAAGGAAAUCCCUGGAAAUAUUUUAUUGAAUGACUAUGAUGAUGUUACCUUUGUAAAAUUAUACUUUGCUUACCUGCAAUAUCCUGUUCCCGAGUUCUAUACAUUGUCAUUAGAUCGAGGAAGUAGCCGUGAAUUAUUGAUAGCUUUUGCUUGGCUUCUUGCUACUCAAAAUGCUCUAACUGUAGCAAUUGAUAAAAAAAUUUCUACUAGUAUUUUAUCAGAGGAAUUCACUGACAGCCAUAUACAAAAGACAGUGACUAUCACUGACUGGGAAAAAACGUUAUCGACAAAGGCUCAAUUAAAUAGGAUAAUUCAUGUAUGCGGGCAAAUAAACUACAACAUUAGAGCAAUUUCAGAAUUGGUAACUGAAAAACUGAAGCUCACUACAAAAGCGCAUGCAGCUAGUAUAAAUGUGUGCAGUUUGCCACAUUUGAGCAUUUCUGAAAUGGCAAUUGCAAAGAGGUUUGCUUUGAAUAAAUCUGAUAGCGAUCAACGCCGCAUUCAACAGUUACAGGAACUUGCAUCUGUACUAGACACUCAUGUUAAAUGGGAAACUAAGCGACACAUUUUUUUUGAUUGGAUGGUCACAGUAAUAGAAGAGCACAAAAAGUCACAAGUCGAGGCUACAGACUGUAAGGAAUCUGACAUUGAAUUGUCUAAAUUUGUGUGUCUCUUACGUCACAUAGUAAAAAAAAAUAUUCACAAUCUGAAGCAUAAGGAUGAAAUUUCAUCAGCUUUAUCCUCUAGAUCGGAUUGUGUUUCACGACUACUGAGAAUGCAAUCUGAACACACCGAAGCAGAAACCUGGCUUUUGGGUGUAAAGCUACAAUUGGAUAGCGAAGAGGCCAUGACUAAAAAGCAAAUGAACAGCCUAAUUAUCCAACUCAAGAAAAUGCUGAAAUUAAUACCUCAUUGCGUGCAAAUUUAACUUCAGUGUUAUAUGUUGGUCGAAAAUUAUGAACGAGGAUUUUUUUGUUACAUUACAACUCAUAAAGCUAGAUAUCCAGAAAAU